ACACUCCUCCUAUAGCCCAUGGGUAGAUGCAGAUGUAGAGAGCCGGGGCUGGGGGAGGUGUGUACCCAGCAGCACGGAGGGGAGGCGGAGAACCUGGAAUUUACAUACAGGCAGCACAGACAGAUAGGAUAGAUCGCGCAGUAGUUCAGUACAGAGAGGAGAAUCUGUCCUAUUGCUGCCGAUCAUAUACCCCUCACGGUCACCAUGGAUCAGAAGCAAGUCACCCGGCUGAUCUCUGCGCUGUGCCUGCUAUGCACACCAGGAGUGCUGGCUGAUGACUGUUCAGCAUAUGUGGGCUCUGACUAUCAGCUACAUCAGCCUCAGACCUGUAUACUGUCCUUCUGCUCUGGAACCUGCACAAAUCGGUACUGCAGUAUAAUACCUGGAUUGGCACUGGAUCAGAGCCAAUUCAUGUGUAUUCUGAACAACCUGUAUUUUGUCGUUGGAGCUGGUAUUGUAAUCUUCUUAUUAUUGGUUGUUGGAAUCAUUGCUUGUUGCUGCAAAUCACUCUGUCUGUGCUGCCAACUCUGCUCUUCACCACCUCCAAGCAGCAGAACCAUGUUGGUCACUAAUGUCAUUCCUCCACAAGCUCUGAGGCAAAUCCCAUAUUCCUCAGUACCUACAGAAUACCAGCCAUUGCCAAGCCAAAACGCCCCAUUUGGACAGCCUGAUAAAGCCUAUCUCCCCCCACCUUAUCCAGGUGAGACAAGCGGUUUAUCCAGUUACCCAACUAAAUAAGGUGGUGCAGAUAACCUGGCUUUUGCGGAAUAGCCAUAAACACUUCAUUUAUUGUCUCUGUUCCCUGCAUAGCUGACAGACACCACUGAAUCUUCAAAUCAAUAGAAAUAUAGAACCUCUAUUUUAUCUGAUUUGAUAUAUUCCCAAUGUACAUGGUUGCUGCACGGUGUCAGAUUAUUUCAGAGAAUGUACUAGUUACAUUCCUGAUCACUCUUUGAUAAAUCCAUGUUUUGGAAUGUUCAUAAAAAUGGGGGUGCAAAGUAAAUAUCUUCUUUAUCACAUUUUAACAUGGCAUGAAGUAUAGCUCUAAAAACGUUUCUGGUUUGCCUGCUGUUUAUUAGACGUAAUAUAGUAUUAGUAUAGUUAAAAGAAGAAAAAAAAGUUAACUUUCAGAUUUGGUUAAAUUAGUUUAGAUAUAAAACAGAAUCUACUGACG